CCUCGCGGGCUCCCGGAGUUCCGGGCGCCAGGAGGGAAUGUGGCGGCCGCGGGACGGGGCCCACUGCCGCACCGGGGCCGGCCUUGGAGUUCUCCCGCGUUUCCCCAGGCCUCAGAGCUGAGACCUGAAACCAGAGCGCGGGGCGGCGCGGGGCGGCGCGGGCCCCGGGACCCCCGGCAUGGCGGCCCCGGAGACGGCGGGCGCUGCGGCGGAGGGCGCGGAGGCGGCGCCCUGGGCGCACCUGGAGGCCCCGGUGCGCUUCCUGCUGCAGGCGCUGCAAGCGGGGCCUGACGGCGCGCGGCGCGGCCUGGGUGUGCUGCGGACGCUGGGCGGCCGGGCCCGGGAGCCCUUCGACUGGGGCCGCGUCCUCGAGGCGCUGUGCCGGGAGGAGCCCGUCGUCGAGGGCCCGGACUGUCGCCUGCAGCUGAAACCGCUGCUGCUGCGAUUGCCCCCGUUAUGCCGGAGAAACCUGAUGUCCUUGCUGACGGCUGUUCGGCCGGUGCUGCCUGAAAGCAGGCUCCUCCCUGUGCUGCAGAUUGCACAGCAGGACUCGAGCCCUGACCCUGACGUCUGGCUCCGGGCCCUGGCGGAAUUGCUGCGAAGGGAUCUGGGUGGUGGAGUCUCCACGGAGGGAGCGUCCCCACUGUCCACAAGGUGCCAGAGACAGCUCCGAGGCCUGUGUCGGCGGCUGGGCCAGGGGGGCAGGAGGUUGAAGUUGUCCCAGGUUCCAGACCCUGAAGAGGAAGAAAAGGAGGAGGAGGACAAGGGCUCCCAGCAGCCCGGGAAACGCAGAAAGGAGCCAGAGGAGGAACCUGCCAGUCCUGAGGGAGAGAGUGCCCCCAAAAGGUUCCGGCGUUUGGACAGGGAAGACGGAGAAGAAGAAGAAAGCCAGGAGGAGGAGAGACCUGAACAUGAAGCUUUGGAAUUCCUGGCAGCUGGAGAAGGCACAUCACCCAUUGAGGACCAGCCUGUUGCAGGGGCUGAGCCCAAUGAGGCUGGUCAGAGUCUGGAGGAUGCUAAGGGCCUGGCUGAGAGUUUGGAGUUGCCCAGAGCUAUCCAGGACCAGGUUCCCAGGCUGCAGCAUCUGCUCAAGACCUUCGGGGAGGGGUUGGAGGGGUUGGAGGGCACCCCCCCGGUCGAACUGCAGCUUCUUCACGAAUGCAGUCCUGGCCAGGUGGACCUGCUCUGUGCCCAGCUGCAGCUCCCCCAGCUCUCGGACACAGGUCUCCUGCAGCUCUGCACCUGGCUGCUGUCCCUGUCACCAGAUCUUAGCCUCAGCAAUGCUACUGUGCUGACCAGGAACCUCUUUCUUGGGCGAGUUCUCUCCCUGACUUCCUCAGCCUCCCGCCUGCUCACGACUGCCCUGACCUCCUUCUGUGCCAAGUAUACCUACCCUGUCUGCAGAGCCCUCGUUGGCCCUGUGCUCCAGGCCCCGGAAACAGGUCCAGCUCAAAUAGAGUUACUGUGUUGCCUUAUGAAGGAUGAGGCCCUGGAGCCAGAUGUGCAGGUUCUAAUGCUGGGACAGAUCCUGGAGCUGCCCUGGAAGGAGCACAUGUCCUUGGUGUUGCAGUCACUCCUGGAGCGGCAGGUGGAGAUGACCCCAGAGAAGUUCAAUGUGUUGAUGGAGAACCUCUGUAAAGAGGGGCCAGCGGCCACCACAUCCCUGGCCUAUGCCAAGCUCGUGCUGACAGUAUUGACCAAGUAUCAGGCCAACAUCACUGAAACCCAGAGGCUGGGCCUGGCUGCAGCCCUCGAGCUCAACGCCACUUUCCUGAGGAAGUCCUUGCAGGCUGCCCUCAGACACCUGGCCCCCUGACCAUCCACCAAGGGACUGCCUCCUGGAGCUUCCUCACCAGUUUUCUGAAGGACGCUUCUGCCCUCAGCACCUCCCCUUGACCCCUGGCCUGGGGGUAAAGGCUGAGCCUGCCAUCCCAGGGAUCCACGGCCUCCCUGCGCCAGGCUGCAGACAGGCCAUGUUGGCCUCCCAGCCAGCAGGGAGGGUCCUGGGCUAAGGGGGCUGGAUGAGGCCAGGGGCUGCUGACGCUGGGCUCACUCCUUGUCACUUCUACCUCAGGCUGCAGGGGCAGAAACUUUCCCAUAGGCCUCAGUAGGGUCAAAGCAAACCCAGAGUGGACGAGUGAUGCUCCAGGAGCCCUGGGGGACCCGUGUGCUCAGCACACUCUUGUGCUCAAGUGUAUGUUAUGAUCCUCUAUUCUUGUUUCGGACUUGAAUAGUAGUUUAUCAGUAGUAUUUAAUAAAAAUCAGGAAGUUCAGUAGUCUUAUUAGAAGCAGUGCCUGUCUUCUAUUAACUCUGGGUAUUUCUUGAAAAGCAACACGCACCACCACCACUCCUCCUCGCCCCACCCUGCUCAGUGACGAGGGGCAUCUUUUUCCUGGUGAAGUGUUCUGUGAGGGGAAGUUGGUAGAGUUCUGAAGCUCGUUCUUUCACCUUCUGUGGGCCAGAUGCUGUGUGAUACCACUCAGCUGAGACCUAUCAGAGCUGUCUGUUGGGUAGGCGAGGCGUGCACCGACCCCUGGGGAUGGGUGUUGAAAGUGGGAGGGACUCAGUCUGGAGUAGGGGAAGGCUUUGGGGCAGAUGACGUUUGAGGAGGGAUCAGAGGCUCUCCUGGGGUUAGUGUGGGCAGAGAGGAGGAUGGGCCUGUUGGACAGAGCAAAGGGUAGAAAGGAUGUGUGAUACUGCAGGCAUGUCUGUUUUACAUCUUUAUAUUCCCUUGGCACCUACCCAGGUGCCUCGCUCCUAGGAAACACUUAACAGGAACUGAGGGUUUUGCAGCUGUUCAGAUUGUGGUGCGGCGACUGGUGCAAGAUGGAGGUGGACGUGGCAGCAGGAGAUGGUGGAGACGGUCCCUGGGAGCAGGCGAGGCUUGGAGAAGCUGGGAGGCAGCAGCACAGCCACAAAGUACGGUCUCAGGGCGGGGCUGACUGGUUUCCAAAACUCUCCUACUUGGUCGGAUCUCUGGCUGUUCAUUCUCUUGGAUCUGGCGGUGGUUUUCUUUGUGUAUCUUUUGCCCUGAUUGGUUUGCCUGAUACCUAAAUUAAGACGUUGGCUCUGGAGUGGAUUCUGAAAAUGACUACAAGUUUCUUGAACAAAGAAGACAGAAGAAUUUCAAAAUCUCAGGAAGCUUCUUUUUAUUUUACACAUUCUGUCAUUCAUUUGGGGGACUAUAUUAAAUGCGUGAUGAUCUCACCAUUCAUAGCUAAGUUCUUAAAACUAGACUCUCUGAGGGGCUGGCCCUGUGACCGAGUGGAUAAGUCCAUGUGCUCCCCUUCAGCGGCCCAGGGUUUCACCGGUUUGGAUCCUGGGCGCGGACCUAGCACUGCUCAUCAAGCCGUGCUGAGGCGGC